AUGGAUAUCGAGAAACCUGAAAUUGUCCAUCGGGAUGGUGUCUUGAGUCCCGGGAAGAUCGAUGAUGGAAUUGACCUUGAAAAAAUUGGGGAAAGAGAGGGAUACGUCCUAAAUGAUGCUUCUCUUGCCCAUGAUCGUGGCUUGAAGACAACUGCAGAUGGGGGGGACUAUCCUGAUUCCACAGCCAAGCGAUUCCCCUAA